CUGCGCGCAUGCGCGUGUUUGGGUUGUUGACAGUGAGAUGGCGGCGCUCGGAGAUGCAGCAGCGCCGGGUCUGAAGGGGUUAAUCCAGCAGUUUACCGCGAUUACAGGAGCUACAGAGAGCGUGGGGAGGCACAUGCUGGAGGCAUGUAAUAAUAACCUGGAGAUGGCGGUCACCAUGUUUCUGGAUGGAGGAGGAAUCCCUGAGGAACCCAGCACCAGCACCAGCUCAGCCAUCGCCUCGGGCAGCAGACACCAACACACAGCAGAAGAUGAGGUCAGAGCGCCGAUCCCUCAGAAGCAGGAGAUCCUGGUGGAGCCGGAGCCUCUGUUCGGAGUACCAAAGAGGCGCAGACCGGCCCGGUCCAUAUUCGACGGCUUCCGGGACUUCCAGACCGAAACCAUUCCUGCAGUCAGACAGGAGCAGGAGCUGAGGAACGGUGGGGCGAUGGAUAAGAAGCUCAGCACUCUGGCGGAUCUGUUUCGGCCCCCCAUCGAACUCAUGCACAAAGGCAGCUUUGAGACGGCGAAAGACUGUGGGCAGCUGGAGAACAAGUGGCUGAUGAUCAACAUCCAGAACGUUCAGGACUUUGCCUGCCAGUGUCUGAACAGAGACGUGUGGAGCAACGAGGCCGUCAGGACCAUCAUCAGAGAGCACUUCAUCUUCUGGCAGGUUUAUCACGACAGUGAGGAGGGUCAGCGCUACAUCCAGUUCUACAAACUCAAUAAAUUCCCUUAUAUUUCCAUUCUGGAUCCUCGUACAGGUCAGAAGAUGGUGGAGUGGAAUCAGCUGGACGUGACGUCGUUUCUGGAUCAGGUGACGGGGUUUCUGACGGAGCACGGGCAGCUGGACGGCCUGUCCUCUCAACCGCCCGCCAAACGCGCCCGCUCUGAGAGUUUGAUUGACGCGAGUGAGGACAGUCAGCUGGAGGCGGCGAUUCGAGCGUCUCUGCAGGAAACGCACUACGAGUCGACCGACGCCAAACCCGAGUCCCGAUCCGACGACGACUCGGACACAGAGGCCUUCUCCGACAGCGAGGGGCUGAUAUCGGUGGACUGCUCCGACAACGAGCCCGUGGGGGGCGUGGCCGAGGACUCUCUGGACGGACGCGUGUCGUCAGAACAGACCCCGCCCACCAGGCAAGACAGCCCCGCCCACCACAGGAAAUCUCCACAUAAAGAGCAGAACCACAGAAAAGAAGAGAGCAAGAAGAAUCACCUGGAGCCUCCAGGGCCGAGCCACCGACCGCCGGACCCCCAACCGCAGCGGCAGCACCAGAACUCCACCCCACCCCACAGCUCACAGCCCACCGCCGGCAGCUCGGAACCAGAGGAUAACGGUCCAAAGGCUCGUCUAAUGCUGAGAUAUCCAGAUGGCCAGAGGGAACAGAUAGCGCUGUCUGCUAAUGCUAAACUCAUGGCUCUGGUGCGACACGUGCAGUCGAAGGGUUACCCGAACGAGCGUUUCGAACUCGUCACCAACUUCCCUCGCCGGAAACUCGCGCACUUGGACUAUGAGAUCACGCUGCAGGACGCCGGACUGUGCCCACAGGAAACCGUGUUCGUGCAGGAGAGGAACUAGCCCCUCGUUUCGGUUCCAAGCCCCGCCUCCUCUGUCCUCUAACGGCCAAUCAUCUUCUCGGAGAACCUCGGCAGCGAAGUGGACCGCGCCCCAUCGACCACAGCGAUUGGUCCCAUUUUUCUCCCCUCCCCUAAAGAAAAAGUAAACGACCCCCCUGGAACGCGGCUCUCGGUGGGCGGGACCACAGUUGGUAUUUAUUUGUGAAUAAGAGGCUCCGCCCCUCUGUCGGGUCAGGUGGGCGGGGCUCUGUCGGUUUGAGAUUAAGGCUUUUUACUGGUAAAAUUCUGGUGGUUCUGGAGGUUCUUGAUGAUGAUGUUUCGACCUCUCGACGAGUGACAUCGCAUUGAUUGACAGGUGGCAUUUGCAUUUGCAUUUGCAUAUGAUAAAGGAAAAAAAAAAAAGACAAAACAAUAAAAACCAUGUUCUAUUAUUUUUUUUAAAACAAUGUAUCCACCUGUUGGCCCCGCCCUCUUCUAAAACCCGGACGACGGCGACGACGAUGCUGGACCCGUGCUCUGGUGAUAGGGGGCGCUCUUCAGACCAUAUUUAGAGGAAAUUAAGAAAAUAAACCCUCAGAUAUCUGAUCUGCACUGUGCAGGGAUGGUGUAGGGCGGUGCAUUUAGUUAUAGUGAGUUUCUGUCUUUUCUUUUUUUUAUAUGCUGCAUCAUUUCCACAAAAAAAAUGUUGAUUCUGAAAUAUAACCGUGAAAAAAAAGGGA